AAAAAAAGUAAAAAAUUUAAAAAAUUUAAAAAAAUAAAAAAGAGUACAAUGGCAAAGCCUUUAUAUUUUUCGGGAAUCAAUGUGUGUGGGGUCAAAUAUUGGAGCAGUAAAUUGUUCUCACCAUAUUUUCAUUUCAGAAUACAAUCACCACGUCUCACUACAAUUUCAUAAAAUGUAACUCAAAAAUGUCCUGAGUGCAAAAGCAGUGCCCAUAGGGAGCCUUGAUGCUGUGUAGCAUGCCUGUGUACCUGUCCUCCUCACCAGUCAAAACUUCCAGAAAGACAACACAGGUGAUCUACAGGUAGGAGCCUCAUUGACUCCAUGUUGUCUUCUGCCGCCAUUUGUACUGUGGCAAACAGAUAUCAAGUCAGGAUGCUUACUGCAGUUAUUUAAUUAUUUUUCAUAUAUAUUUUUCCUAUAGAGUACAAAAACAUUUUUGUGGCAACUACAAUGUUUUUUCAAUUUAAUUUUACUUAUUAUCAGUUGCUUUGGUACUAAAGUGCAUGAACACAUCACAGGGGCAUGAAUACAUCCCUGGGUGUGCACAUUUCUCUUAGGAUCAGUUUCUGACCUUCUUGAAAAUUCUUUUCCUUGAGCCUUCCUCACCAAUAUUGGGAGACAGGGUAUCAUAAUCAUGUUUUAAAGAUUAUUUCUUUAUUUGAAAGGCAGAGUUACAGACAGAGAGGGAGAGAAAAAUUGUUCAUCCUCUAGUUCACUUCCCAAUGGCUACAAUAGCCAGAGCUGGGCGAGUACAAACCAGGAGCCAGGGGUCUCCUCUGGGUCUCCCAUGUGGGUGAGGGGCCUAAGGAUGCCAUCCUAUGCUACCUUCCUAGGCCUCCAGCAGGGAGCUGGAUUGGAAGUACAGCAGUCUGAACUUGAACCAGAGCACACGCUGGAUGCCAGAACGGCAGGAUCGGCUUCACCAUCUACUCCCUAGCACCAUUCCCAAUCAUUUUUAUAACAAAGAGUCAAAGAUGAGGAAAGGGAGAGGAAUACUUACAAAUGAAACUUAGAUAUUUUGAGAUAGAUGUUGAAAUUCAAAUAGAUAAUCCAUGCAAAGGCAAAAUUCCUUUAUUAUCAGGGGCUCCACUAGUCAUUCACUACACAAAUUGAGUCUCCCAUUAUCUUCCUUCCUGCUUUCCUCCCUCUCAGACGACAGCAGAUGAGACAUGGGUGGAACAAACCACACGGCAGUGACAGAGUUCAUUUUCCUGGGGUUCCCGGGCACGCCCUCUCUGCAGCACAUGCUCUUCAUGAUGUUUCUCACCGUGUACCUGCUCUCCCUAGUAGCAAACACCCUCAUCAUUGUCAUUGUUCUCAUGGAUCCCACACUGCAGACGCCCAUGUACAUUUUCUUGGGAAAUUUGUCCUUCCUGGAGAUCUGGUACACGACCACCACGGUGCCUAAAUUACUGGCCACCCUCCUCUCCAAGGCUGUCACCAUCUCCGUCGCUAGCUGCAUCACCCAGUACUACUUCUUCUUCUCCAUGGGGGCCACAGAGUGCAUCCUGCUGGCCAUGAUGGCCUAUGACCGCUACGUGGCCAUUUGCAACCCUCUGCGCUACUCCCUCCUCAUGAGCCUCCAGAUUUGCCUGCGCUGCUCUGCAGGGUCUUGGAUUGGGGGCUUCAUUGCCCCCCUUCCACCUACCAUACUCAUCACUCAUCUGAGCUUCUGUGGUCCCCAGAAGAUCAACCAUUUCUUUUGUGACUCAGACCCGAUUUUUAAGCUCUCCUGCUCAGACACAUUCUUGGUGGAGGCCGUGGGCUACACUUGCACAUCUGUUGUGAUUUUCAAUUCCUUCCUUCUCACUAUGUCCUCCUACAGCAACAUUGUGGUCACCAUCAUCAGGCUGUCUUCCCGGGAGGCUCGCAAGAAGACUUUCUCAACCUGCGCCUCCCACCUCACUGUAGUCACCAUCUAUUACGGCACCAUCAUCUUUACCUAUGUCCGCCCUCCCUCCAAGUACAACUUCACCAUUGGGAAGAUGGUCUCGGUGUUCUACUGUGUGAUCACCCCCCUGGUAAACCCUCUCAUUUACACUCUGAGAAACAAAGAUGUGAAGAAUGCGUUCAGGAAAUUCCUGCAACAAAAGAGAUUUCUCUUGUUCAGAAACAGGCAGGAGUUUUGAGUUAUCAACAGAAGUGAGCACUUCAGAGUAGAUUCUCAAGCCACACUGAAAAAUGGUAAG